UGGUUGUACCAUCUCAGAUGGAAAGUUUUGUCCAUUUUUAAGGUUUAGUGUAACUGCACAAUUGAAAUAAACUUACCGAAGACAGGAAUUAAGUUAAUUGAUGAAGUUAAAUGGGUGAAAUAGUGUUGAACUUUGAUGAAAUGUCAGCAAGUGUUUUCUUGUUAAUCCGGUCAUGAUUUAGACGUACUUGGAAAAAGUUUCAUUUUUUUUAAAGAUUUCAUUUAAGAAUUGAAGUAAGAAAUGGGUAAAAUUGGUUUUUGUAUUAUUUUCGUCCGAUACAGUUUGAAUUUUGAAAACGGAGGAAAGUGUUACGGGUUGCGCGGGGCUUUAUGGAGGGGGAACAGCUGUUCCCGGCCUAUCCGGGCCGCUUUGCCGUUUUUCCCGCCCGAUUCACUCGGCGCGCUGAGGUUGGCCAUCGUGGAUCGCGACGUUCGACCACAACUACGGAGUUUUCCUUGUCCUUGUCCCGUAAAAAGUCUGCGGCCCCGGCUUCCCCGACGACCCCGGGCGUUUAGCGAGACGGCGACCGGAUCUGGGACCCGGCCCCUCACCCGACCCGGGCCAUGGUCAAAUACAGGUUCCCAGGCAGGCCGGGCAAGUCGAGCCAGAAGCGGAGGCGGCACUCGGCCCAGGACUGCGACGAUUUCGACGGACGGAGAGCCGCGGAUGAGGCGUACUGCAAGCUGUCCGUCUUCAGCAUCCUCUUCUCCGACGACGAGGACGAGGGCUCUUCUUUCCAUGGAUUCAGCCCACAUGAAAUCGCUCUGUCAAAGAAGAGAGGGUCAGAAAAAUCUAAGCUGAACAAAAAAAGAAAAAUUAAAAAAACCGACGAGGAUGUCAAUGUAGGGGUUGUCGAUCGCAAGGAAGUCAUUCCCGUCGUUAAACAACCAGAGGAAAACCCUCAGAAGGAGAAGCCAAAGUCGAAAAAGGAAGAAAAGCCCAAAAAAGAGGUCAAAAAAGACGAAAAGCCUUCUAGCAGUCCAGUCAAGUUCGUCCUUCCGACUCGGAGCGUCCAUUCGUCCCGCGUUAUAAAACCGAACAAGCGAUUUUUUCAAAACGAAACCGCGGACGAAGACGGCAACAAGAAACAGCGCUUGGCCAACGGAGACGCAUCGGAGAAAAACGAACCGGCUAAAUGCAUACUCAGAAAGCCGAUGCUUAACAUCAAAUCACAAUCUGUGUCGAUCGAAGGCCCCUUUUCAUCGUCUGGCGGUUCUUCAAUUGUCCAAGUCGGAGACCAGGCGCAUCCUACAAAAGUUGUCUGUGGUGUUUGCGGCACUACAAGGCCUUGUAAAUCCUACAGACAAGCUAGGAAGUUCGGUAUCUUCUCAUGCGACCCCUGUCGUAGGUUCAUUAUCAAAAUAAUCAGGAAAGAAAAGGACAAACUUAUUGAUAAAUUUAUCUGCGACUCUGGGACAGGAAAUUGUUCCAUAAGAUACUCAGCUCUUGUGACUCAACCCUUUUCAACUGAGCCGCAGGUAAAAGAACACACAAGGUGUCAAGGGUGUUGGUUAAAUCUUUGCCUACGCUCUUUCAAACUUCCGCCUCAGCUGACCAAACGACUGGCUUCUUAUUUACCACUCGAAAUAUCUAAAAAAACUAGCCUUUUUGACAACCUUGUUACAAAAUGGCCAGAUAGUUUAAGUGAAAAACUUCUUUUGGACUCAACCGUCAAAGAUGUAAAUGAGAAAAGAAAGACGGGUUUGAAAAUUUUCCGAGAGCCCGAUUUUAAACAGAAGGGCAAACCAAAGAUGACGCCGGCUGGCCCGAGGGUGAAGCACGUCUGCCGGAGUGCAUCACUCGUCCUCGGUCAAUCCUCGGCCAAACUCGCCCCACGAAUACAAAAAAGUCCGGCUGGUCAAGAAGUAGAAGAGAGAAAGGUUGAAAUGGAAAGAAAAAUUCCAGAAAUAAGGGUUGAACAAGAAGUAACACUUGUUCCUGAAAAGCCACAAAAGGAAGAUGUGUUUCAGCACAAAUCUGAACAAGUUCAGAGCAAAGCGGACCCUAAGGAAAAGGAACCAGACAGGCCAAUUGCGAGAAUGCUGCAGGACCUCGGGAGAGACAACUGCGACCUUCUCGAUGGAAUCGAGAGGCACGAGUCAGAAAAGCGUUUCGCAAAAGUUUCCAUCGACUUUUGGGAGAGCUACGAUCCCGAUGAGGUCGCCCAGAUGGGAUUUCCUCUUCUCGCCUGCACCCCUUUGAAAACCCAAGCUCUCUGUUUUCUCUGCGGGAGCGCUGGUUUCGAAAAGUUAAUACAUUGCGCGAGUUGCUGCGAGCCUUACCACACUUUUUGUGUGGCCACUUUACGCUUUGCCAAAAAGGAAAUCGAGUGGUGGAAGAUCGACUGGCUUUGCCCAAGGUGCAGCCAGUGUGAGAUAUGCCUCAAAUCGGGCGCGCAGCUUACUUGCACAAAAUGUUUCAAGAACUACCACACAAGCUGCAUGCCACAGGGAAGAGCAAACAUAUCUGAAAGUUGGGUCUGCCCUUCUUGCCUGUACUGCAAGAGUUGCAAUGAUCCAACUGUGCAUGUAUUUGUCGGAAAUAUGCCUCUUUGCAAAGCGUGUUUCAAGCUGAGGAAACAAGGCAGUUUCUGCCCGCUUUGCCAAAGGUGUUAUGAUGACAACGACUAUAGUACCAAAAUGAUGGAAUGUGCUAAAUGUAAUAGUUGGAUACAUGCAAAAUGUGAAGGACUUUCAAAUGAAAAAUACCAGGUUUUGAGUUACUUGCCAUCUUCAAUUGAAUUUAUCUGCAGGCUUUGUUGUAAAGACCCUCCGCCGUUUUGGUUAAGGGCUGUCAAUGCCGAUUUAAAAGCCGGUUAUUUGAAUGUAAUAAAAUCAUUAAGCAAAAACCGUCUUCUGUGCUCUCUUGUAAAAGCAAGCCCUAAGAAGAGGGUCUGUGACUGCCAGGACAUCCACCGAAAGCCGAUCCACCUGAGAAAUCUCACUCCUCAGAACGAUAUUUCAGAAAAGCCCUAUCUCUCUGGAAACGACAGCCCGACACCUACGAUCGACGAUAAGAAUUCAGACCUCGGACUUCUAACGCCGAAGCUUACUAAAGACGACGAAGAGAGUUUGAAAACUGUCAAAACCGGGUUUUUGGAUCUAGUCAGCGAAAAAGAACAACCUCAGUUAAACGAUGAGACCAUCAAAGCAAGUAACAAUUUGCUUAGUAUUGCGUUUAAAAGUGACAUCACAGUUAUAAAGAGCGACGCUGAAAGCUUACCGGCAGUUCCUCAAGAAUCGCAAGAAAAAAAAUGUACCUGCAAUUUGUAUAAUUCAUCACAUCAGAGUUUAAGUUUAAUGGGUAUUAAACAUAAAGCGUCCAGUGAUGAAUAUUCAUCAGUCGUAGAUUUUAACAACGACAUGGAAAAAGUCAUCGGAGAAAUUGGCGAGAUGGAAUUGACUAAGCUUUAUUGGAAAUCGUUAAAACAAGUAUUUCCUUGGUACGACCCCAGUAUAAAAGAAGACGGGUUGGAUACUUCAAUUCAAGAUUUAGAUUCUUCAUUAAAUGAUUUAAAAGAAAGGCGGAAAAGUGUUGACGCAGAUUCUCCGAAAAAAGCCAAACUUAAUGAUUCACUUAAAAAACUUCUUACACACGAACCGGAUUAUUAUUACAUCGGAUUAAAAAUACAGGACACGAGGUUUUGCAUGUUGUGUAAAUCGAUCGGCGAAGGUCAUCCCAAGAGGGAAGGCAGGCUGCUGUACUGCGGUCAGAACGAAUGGGUUCACGUCAACUGCGCGCUGUGGUCUAGCGAAGUAUUCGAAGAGAUCGACGGUUCAUUGCAGAACGUGCACAGUGCCAUUUCAAGGGGGAGACUAAUCAGGUGUUUCGGCUGUGAUAAAAAAGGCGCUAGUGUUGGCUGCUGUGCUAAAAGUUGUCCAUACGCUUACCACUUCUCUUGCGCCUUGACAGCAAAUUGUAUUUUCUUAGAAAACAUGGAAGUUUAUUGUAAAAACCAUGGUAGUUUGGUUGUAAAUAAGGCUCAAAGGAGGGAAGAAGAUUUUUCUAUUUCUAGGUCCGUUUAUGUAGAAUUGGAUCAUAAAAAGAAAAAAGACGUUCUGUACAAUGAAGUCAAGUUGUACAUAGGAGCCCUGGCGAUUAAUUGUGUAGGUGAACUAUUACCGGAAUAUUCAGAUUUAAUAGAUUUUAUUUUACCCUGUGACUAUAAUUGCACUAGGCUGUACUGGUCAGUGAAAGAACCGUGGAAAAUCGUACCGUAUCAUAUUAAGACUAAAUUGACAAAGUCUAGUGAUGAAUAUUGCUUUGAAAACGAGACGAAUUAUACUCUGGAUCAUUCUUUGGAAUUCACACCGCCGCCGUCUCCUGUCGAAGAGGUGAAUACUUUCGACGCAAAAGACGACAAAGUUGUAAAAACUGUCGUCUCUUUCCUCAUAGAUACCGUUUGCUCCAAGGACGAUGAUAACACAGAUCAGCAAACGGCCGAUCUUCUACCACCUGAGUUAAAAGAAGCGAUUUUCGAAGAUUUACCACACGACCUCCUCGAUAGAAUAUCGAUGCAUGACAUUUUCACCAAAAUGAAUUUCGACGAUGACAAGUUGGACUUGGGCGAGACGUCAGUUUUAUCAAAAAAGCCCAUAAAAGACUCAAAAUCUACUUUUAAAUACAGUUCCUCGUUAGAUAUAAAAAAACCGAGUUCCUAUUUUAAGGGCAUUAACUUCUCGAACAAAGUGGACAAGCAAGAAAACUAUUUAGAAAGGGGAAAAGACUACUGGAAAACGCACAAUCUGUUGCAGGUUGACGGUGCUAUGGAUUUCAGCGAAAGUGAUCAGUCGAAUGACUCAACUGAUAUAAACAUGCAAAAUUGCAAUGAAAACGAAGAACCCGUUAAAUGUACUCGUUGUCGUAGGACUUACCGUUCAAGCGUAGGCUAUGAAAGGCACUUGCCUACCUGUUCGGAUUACUUGUCGAGUACAGAAAGCGAUUCUAGCGAAGAGGAGAAGACACAAGAUGCGACUUUUCAACAAAACGACGUUCAGGUCCCUUGCCAAGCCUCAUGUCCUCAGAAUGUAGAAGUAAACCCUUCUUAUGUUCAAGUUGAACAGCCUAAACAAAUCGGUAUUCAGAAUACUCAACCUGCUAUAAUUUUGCAACCUGUACAAACAGAAAUGCCGACUUACAUGCCUUACCAACAGCAGUCGCAAUCGGGCGUUCAGUACAUCACGGUCGAUUCACAGACACCGACUUACCACAUACAACAACCGAUUCAACAGCAAGUAGUUCAAACCGUGCCGACCGUUGUUGGAACGAUAAUAACUAACGGAGUCGAUCAGAUUGUCCUUAACAAUCCAAAUCCUCCUUUAGAUGUUUAUCCACAACAAAAUAAUGUCUACCCACAGCAGAAUAACGUGUACAUUUCGAAUCAACCUAUGAUCGUCGGUAUGGAAACAGUCGUAAGCAAUACAGUAAUGAGCUCGAGUCAGUUUAUAUCUGGUUCAGUGCCUGGCAUGCUUGCUAGUAGUUACUCAGCAACAACCACGCAGGUUUUUCAGGCUACAAAACCUGUAAUUGACGUCCCACAGAGCUACGUUGUUGUAAACACAAACCCUCAAGUCGUGAACAACUGCGUGCCUAACAUCAUGCAAAGCUCGCCGCAAACCCCUUGGAACAAUUACCAAGUCAAUUACCAGGAAUCUUAUAAAGUCAAUAAAAAUGUAUCGUAUCAGACAGUCACGAGGCAGAUUAUUCAUGAGCAAAAAGAAAUCGAUGGUGUAAAAAUGAUAAAUUCCACCCAAGAAACUAUAGUCAUCGAACCUAUUACAAAGCCGCAGACACAGCUCAAAGAGAUAACUGUGAACCCUAUUAUCGAUUCUGCAACUGUUUCAUCCCAACAGCUACAACCGUACGUCCCACCGAAGCCUAACCCAGAAAAUCAGAUACUGAAGUUAAACCAAAUCAAAAUUGAUCUUCCACAUUCUUCUGCGAUCCACAAGGAAAAACCCCAACAAGCCGUAGCUCCUGUAGUUGUGAAAAGAAUAUCUCAGAAUAUCUGUAACAAAGUUAAUAAAAUGCCUUUACUGAAACCGAUCCAGGAAGCAAAGAAGAUAGAACAACCAUUACAACAAGGUAAAGUCGAACAAAAGCCGUCACUUGCUCUCCCUCAGCCUCCACCGAAACCAAAACCGCCUGGCGAACCAAUGGAAGUGGAUAAAGUACCAGAGCAAAUUGCUGUAGUCAAAACAGCAGUUAACAAAAACGUUGAAAGAGUCAAACACAAAAAACCUGAGAAUCCGUCGAAAAGAAAGAUUGUGCAAGAAGAGCCUAAAAUAACGUAUGAAAUAACUUCAGAAGAUGGAUUUUCUUAUUGUACUAGCGAUAUACAGUCAGCAUGGGAGAAAGUGUUCGAGACUGUGCAGAGAGCAAGAGAGGCAAAGGGACUUCCGCUGUUGAGCCAAAAUCCGUUUCCCAGUCCAAACUCCAUGCUCAAAAAGAUGAUGGGCCUGGGGAACAACAGCGUCAAAUACAUUUUGGAACAGCUGCCUGGAAUAAGCGGCUGCUCUAAAUACAAACCUAUCUAUCACAAACGGAAACUGUCCGCUUUGGAGCAGGAAAUGUCCAAAGUCUCAAAAGAAAAUGCCUCCGGAUGUGCGAGGACGGAGAGGGUCAAACAUUCACAUCACAAAUACGACAUGUUCAGCUGGCUUGCGUCGAGGCACAGAAGACCGCCUAAACUUUUAGUCACUGAAAAUGACAGCCUAAGUGUUAUAAGUCGGAGGGCGGCUAGUAUGAACCUCCCGAUGGCAAUGCGGUUCAGGCAUUUAAAAGAGACUUCGAAAAUCGCGGUUGGGGUGUUUCGCUCCGAUAUUCAUGGAAGAGGAUUGUUCUGCCUUCGUGACAUCGAGAGCGGUGAAAUGGUCAUCGAAUACGCUGGAGAAGUCAUUAGAUCAGCAUUAACAGACAAAAGGGAACGCUACUACACUGCAAAAGGUAUCGGCUGUUACAUGUUCAGGAUAGACGAUAAGUCCGUCGUCGAUGCUACCAUGAAAGGCAACGCCGCGAGGUUCAUCAACCAUUCUUGCGAGCCCAAUUGCUACUCGAGGGUCGUCGACAUCUUGGGUAAGAAGCACAUUCUUAUAUUCGCCCUGAGGAAAAUUCUUCAAGGCGAGGAAUUGACGUACGACUACAAGUUUCCCCUCGAAGAGGAGAAAAUUAAUUGCCAUUGCUUGUCUAAGAGGUGCAGGAAGUAUCUCAAUUAAUUUAUUAAUUUUGAGAGAGAAAAGUCAUUCCCCAUUUUGCUACUGAGGCUUUUUUUUUUUUUUAAUUUAAAAACGUAC